AUGCGACACCGCCGCCACCACCUCACCAUCGCCGCCGCCAAAUCCCACGCCACCCUACUCAAGUCCCGUGUCAUCUCCCCCACGCCAUGGAACCAGCUCCUCACCGCCUACUCUCACUCCCAUCUCGGCCUCGCCGCCGCGCGCAGCGUGUUCGACGAAAUCCCCCGCCCGGACGCGGUCUCCUGGAACUCCUUUCUCACCGCGCACGUCUCUGCGGGCGCGCAUCACGCCGCAUGGCGCCUCCUGCGAGCCAUGCAUGCGCUGGGUCUCGCUUCCAACACCUUCGCCCUCGGCUCAGCACUCCGCUCUGCUGCUGCCUCGCGCUGCCCCGCCCUCGGCACGCAGCUGCACUCGCUCGCUUUAAAAUGCAGCCUUGCAGAUAACGUCUUCUCAGCAAGUGCAAUGCUCGAUAUGUAUGCUAAGUGUGGCCGCAUUACGGAUGCUCGCCGCGUGUUUGAUGGAAUGCCGGAACGAAACACCGUCUCUUGGAAUGCUCUCGUUGCCGGCUAUGUGGAAUCCGGGAAGGUGGAGCAAGCACUAGAGUUAUUUCUUCACAUGGAGAGAGAGGGUUUUGUUCCAGAUGAGGCUACAUUCGCGGCAUUACUCCCAGCAGUAGAUGGCUCGAAUCAUUUGUUGAUGCGUCAAUUGCAUGGGAAGAUUAUGAAAUUCGGGUCCACGUUGGGCUUGACAGUGUUGAAUGCAGCAAUCACUGCGUACUCGCAGUGUGGGGCCCUUGCAGAAUGUAGAAGGAUCUUUGAUGGAAUCGGGGAUAGCAGGGAUUUGAUCUCAUGGAAUGCGAUGCUUGGAGCUUACACUUACCAUGGGUUGGAUUAUGAAGCGAUGAGAUUCUUUGUUCGUAUGAUGCAAGAGAGCGGAGUUCAGCUUGACAUGUAUAGUUUCACGAGUAUCAUAAGUGUCUGUCCAGAGCAUGAUGACCAGCGAGGGAUAGUAAUUCAUGGCAUGGUGAUCAAGAAUGGUUUGGAAGGAGUCACACCUGUUUGCAAUGCUCUGAUUUCUAUGUACACUAGGUUCAGCGAUAAGUGCAUGAUGGAAGAUGCGCACAGAUGCUUUGAUUCUUUGCUGCUCAAGGAUACAGUCUCCUGGAAUUCUAUGUUAACUGGGUACUCACAGCACGGCAUGAGUGCUGAUGCCCUGAGAUUCUUCACUUGUAUGCAUUCAGAAAAUAUUAGAACUGACGAGUAUGCAUUCUCUGCUGCUCUGCGUUCCUGCGCAGACCUUGCGGUCCUUCUACUAGGUAGACAGAUACAUGGUUCAAUCAUCCGUUCUGGUUUUGCUUCCAAUAGCUUUGUUUCCAGCUCGCUGAUCUUCAUGUACUCUAAGACUGGUAUUCUUGAUGAUGCGAAGAUGUCUUUUGAGGAGGCAGACAAGAGUAGCUCUGUGCCCUGGAACUCUAUGAUGUUUGGUUAUGCGCAACAUGGACAUGCACAGACCGUGUACAACCUCUUCAAUGAGAUGGUGGAACUUAAGGUUCCUUUGGAUCAUGUUACCUUUGUUGGCCUUAUUACUGCGUGCAGUCACGCUGGUCUGGUAGAUGAAGGUUCAGAAAUUCUCAAUACCAUGGAAGCUAGGUACGGAAUUCCUCUUCGGAUGGAGCAUUAUGCAUGUGGUAUUGAUAUGUACGGGAGGGCUGGGCAGCUUGACAGAGCAAAAGAGCUCAUUGACUCUAUGCCAUUCGAACCAGAUGCCAUGGUGUGGAUGACCCUGUUGGGUGCUUGCAGAAUCCAUGGGAAUAUGGAACUAGCAAGUGAAGUGGCCAGCCAUCUUCUAGUGGCAGAACCUAGACAGCACUCCACCUACGUUCUCCUCUCCAGCAUGUACUCUGGUCUUGAGAUGUGGAGCGACAGAGCAAUAGUGCAGAGGGCAAUGAAGAAUAGAGGGUUAACCAAAGUCCCUGGUUGGAGCUGGAUCGAGGUGAAGAAUAAGGUGCACUCUUUCAAUGCGGAGGAUAGGUCGCACCCGAGGAUGUAUGAGAUAUAUGAAGUGUUGAGUUUGCUGUUUCAAGUGGCAACGAUGUUCUCUUCUUCUGAAGAUGAUGAGGCUAUAACGGCAAUUUCAAGUGAUGUGUGACUUGUAACUUUUAGUUGGCCCAUUUCCUCAAGUAUCUUCAUACUUAUCUUGACAGUGGUAUACCAUUGCCUUUUUAUGGCAGUACAGUAUUAAUCUU